CAGAAAUGAUGUAUUCAUAAGAGAAAAAAUACGAUAUUUAAUUUUCCGAGAUUUCCACCAAACAACGAGAGAUAAUUAGCCUUUCGUUUUUCCGUGUGGAAAAUUGUGCGACAUUUUGAAUCAAAACAUAAAAAGUAUCUUAUUACUGUAAAUUAUUUUAUAAGUUACGCUGUUACUUUAGACAUUUUUAAAAUAUGGAAGAAAACGAUAGAAAAAAUAAUCGAGCAGAUAGGAAAACGAAUAACGAAGAUGCAGGAAGGAAUCUUUCAAAAACAAUUUCUCUGAUGACAUCGCAACAGCGCAAUUACCUUAGCGACAAAGAACAUUUAAAUGAACAAAUGAAAUCUUUCCAACUGAAAAUAAAUGCUACUGGAUGUCUUUCUCUGGAUGAUAACACCUUGAGAACAAUUGAAGAUAGAAGAGAAGCGCUAUCAUCAAGUACGCUCCUCAAAAGCAGUCCUCCACGGCGAAAACAAAAGAUGAUCAACACACAACCGGUCAAAAAACGUCGCCAAUAUUUCGAACGUUCCACUUCUGAAAGUGAGGGAUUGAUGAUAAACAAUAACGUGUGUGUACCUAACGACAUUCCGUUAAAAAAAUCUCAGAAGACGAUAGUUACAAACAACUUGCCAAGAGACAUAUUCGUCCGACGUUCACCCCCGAAGCACCAACCUGUAGUGAAAAUGAUGGUUUCUGAACAAGCAAAACGCACAAAGAGUAGUGAAAAUCUUUCUUUAAUAUCGCAGAUAUCGAAUACACCUCAAAACUCAACAGUCCGAGUAAGCGGGAUACCAACACCUGCAAUACCAAAUCGUUACACGGCACCCGUCCACAUCGAUGUCGGAGGUCACAUCUACACUUCAUCCUUAGAGACGCUCACAAAAUAUCCCGACUCAAAGUUGGGAAAGCUUUUCAAUGGAGCCGAGCCUAUUGUGUUGGAUGCUUUGAAGCAGCACUACUUUCUUGAUCGAGAUGGAAACAUGUUCAGAUACAUUCUCAAUUUCCUAAGAACUUCAACGCUUGAUUUACCGCAAGAUUUCCAAGAACUUGAUCUCCUGAUGCAAGAAGCUCAAUUUUUCGAACUUGACCUCAUGCUAAAAUUACUCACGAAGUUUAAACAAAAAAGAGAAGCGAAGAAGAGACAGGAAUUUUUGAUCUGUCGAACAAUACAGGAAUCGGAACAAAUAACAUUGAGUGGUAGUGCAGUUUUAGUAAACGAAAUCUUACACACACCAGAUCGAAAAAGCGAACAUUCGAAAGAAAUUUAUUCAAAAAUAUCUUGUGACUUGGAAUCCGUUGAGAUACUACAAAGAGCACUUGAUUCCGGAUGCUCUAUGCUGAAUUCCGUGACAGGAAAAAGCUUCAAUGAAAACUUCGUGGAUUGGAUUUUCUCUCGAGAUGCUCAGGAACCCACUAUGAACGGACAAUACGUGACAAAUCACAAAAUUAUCCAACAAUGAUCGAAUCCGGAUAGCAUUGUUUCUUCUGAGUGACACAAACUUUGACACGUAGCCUGGAAGACAUACAAUAAGUGUCUAAACUUUUAUUUACAAAAUAUACCUCUCCCGAACAUCAAAAUAGAUAGAACCAACCCCAGCGAUGACACCGUUCAUCGAUAGACCACACUUGUGGAUAAAAAAAAAUAUUAUUUGAGAAAAAGUUCGUUUUAAUUUCCAAUCAAUGUGUGAUUACUGACGAUUCAAGUUCCGACUAAAUCUUAACAAGACUUUUUAAACGCAGUUUAUUAAUCACACUGAUGGGGUGUGCCGUUAUGUCUCGAUUAAUUUUUGUUUCACGCUAGGCUUAAAAUCAUAUCUCAAGCGGGAAAAUGAAAUAAGGUGUAAUAUUUAUAUUCAACAUGUAUUUUUAAUUUUUUUUCUAUCGCAAGAACAGUCGUGGAUAUUAAUUUCAUAUAACUGUAAUCAACUUUUUGUAGAUUUCAACGUUUUAAAACCUUUUUUGAAACAAUCAUAUUAACAUAAAAUAACAGAGUAUAUAGGUACGUUAUUGAGAUCUAACUGACUGAGUUAUAACCAAUCCUGAUAAUGUCGUAGCAUCUGGUUGCAUCGCAUUUUUUCGGGCGUCUUAAAAAUGGGAUACGACAUUUUUGAGAUACAUCUUUGAUUAUUAUCUACGUCUUUCUAUUUCCGUCAUUUUUUAAAUUGUAUUACAUCACAUAUACAAUA